AGACUUGGUAGCCACCGUACAAGCAAUGGAAGAGGUAUCCUUAAAAGAUGAUUGUUCCAGCAAUCCGUGUCGCAAUGGCGCCUCGUGUGUUGAUUUGUACGACGACUACUUUUGCCAGUGUAAUGAGCUUUAUCAGGGUCACGAUUGUGAAGUAGAUGUUGAUGAAUGCUCAUUGUUUGUUAACAAUGGGAUGGGAUGUAAAAAUGGCGGCAAGUGCGUUAACCUUGUCGGCGAUUUUAGGUGUGAUUGCGAUCCUGAAUAUAGUGGAAGAUUCUGUGAAUCGAGUUACAACGAUUGUUUGGACGAUGAGUUUAAAUGUGGUCAUGGUUUGUGCGUGGACGGGCAUCGGGGGCAAGUUGGUACACCCAUGUUUUCGUGCAUAUGCGAGGAUGGGUGGGCAACGUCGAACGAUGACCAAACUUGCAACAACGACGUGAAUGAGUGUCAAGAAAAACCGUGUUCGAAGAAUCCUGAAGUUCAAUGUUUCAACAACCCUGGUUCUUAUACAUGUGGUGGUUGCCCUACAGGGUACAUUGGCAAUGGUUGGGCUUGCAGCGAUAUCGAUGAAUGUUCAUCAAACAACGGUGGUUGCUCACAAGCUCCUCUAGUGGUGUGUAUUAACACGGCAGGUUCAAACACGUGCGGGCCGUGUCCAUCAGGUUACACUGGUGAUGGGAGGGUUUGUGAUGUCAUGAAUGCUUGUGAGGUCAACAAUGGUGGUUGUGAUGUCAUAGCCACAUGUACAGUCAAUCCAGCUGUAGGUAACAUAGUAACAUGCACGUGCCCCGAUGGUUUUCUGGGGAAUGGUGUUGGGGUAGGGGGGUGUGUACAAGGUGAUACAUGCGCAGAUGUUUGUGUUAAUGGCCAAUGUCAGGAAAAUCAGGACAAAGUUGAAUUUUGCGUUUGUAACAUUGGUUGGAGCGGCGUUAAUUGUGAUGUCAAUAUCGAUGAUUGUUUGACCCAGCCAUGCAACGAUGGGGGUACUUGUAUAGAUGGGGUUGGGGAGUAUUAUUGCAAAUGCCCCAAUAAUUAUGGUGGAACUAAUUGUGAGAUCGAUGAAUCAGGUUGCGGGGCUUAUUAUGUUCAAGACUCAGGUUCGUUUAGUUUUCCUGCCGUGAUUGGACAAACUUACCCUUCGAGUUCUAAUUGCGCAUGGGUUGUUCAAGUAGCAGCCGGGAAGGUUAUCGAAGCUACGUUCCCCAUAUUUGAACUUGAACCUCACCCCGACUGUGUUUAUGAUUUUCUACAAAUCCACGAUGGAAGUUCUGCAUCGGCGCAUCAGAUAGGUAAAUACUGCGACACCACAGUACCGGGGGAUCCACUCACUUCAACCCACAACCUUCUCUAUUUCUGGUUUGUUUCAAACGCCCAAAAUAAUUACAAAGGAUUUCAAGUUGUCUGGCAGACUGGGGACCCAGUUUGCGGAGAAUCGAUCACCCACGAAACAUACGGGGAUAUAAAGUCACCCGGUUACCCCGGCAACUACCCCCCUAACAGGGAUUGUUAUUGGACGAUAGAAGUUGCUGCGGGGUUCGUUGUUCAACUUAUGUUUGGAACUCUUGCGUUGGAAACACACGAUAAUUGUACCUUCGAUUUUCUGGAGAUACGGAACGGAUUGUUGGAAACGAAUCUGAUCCUCGCUCGUUAUUGUAGCUCUCUAUCACCACCACCACUACUCUCAACUGCCCCCGGUGUGUGGAUUUAUUUUCACACAGAUCCAUACGUUAGCGACGCAGGUUUCCAUAUCACAUGGUCACAACAACCCGUUGGUAUCUCUGGGUGUGGGGGUUACCAUGAUGAUGAGGAUGGGGUCAUUAUCUCCCCCAACUACCCCAACCUAUACCUAAGAAACCAAGAAUGUUACUACCAGAUCCACAUAGGGGUUGGUGGGAAAAUAUUGUUUAUAAUAACAAACAUGGAUAUUGAGGAUCAUGAAGAAUGCUCGUGGGAUUAUUUGGAGUUACGAGAUGGAUCGGAUGAGAACUCGUUAUUAGUCGGCCGAUUCUGCGGACAAACGACCCCCCCACCCUUUACUUCGACAACUAAUGAUUUAUGGAUGAAAUUUCGUUCGGACGAAGCUCAAGGGGGAAGUGGGUUCCGGGCUACCUACACCGUGGCUUGCGGGGGGAUGUAUACAGCACCAAACGGUCAACUACAAUCACCCUACUACCCCCUAACUUACCCAGCCAACAAAGAUUGUUUUUAUGAAAUCCGUCAAGAACCGGGCAACUUUAUAAUGUUAAUGUUUGAUGAUGUUGAAAUAGAAGAAGAAGCAGAUUGUAAUUAUGAUUAUAUAGAGGUACGCGAUGGUUCAACCACUGACGCUCCAUUAUUAUCGAAGAUAUGCGGAACUACUAUACCUGCUCCUAUAAUGUCAUCACACAACUAUAUGUGGAUUCAUUUUGCCAGUGACGCUCAUACUGGAGGAGGGGGGUUCCAUGCAACAUAUACAACAGAAUAUACAGGUUGUGGCGGACUUUACACCACCCCCUCAGGUUCCAUCCAAAGUCCUGACCACCCAACCCCUUACCCCCAUGGUGCGAACUGUAGCUACUAUAUAUCCGUACACCCAACAUUAUUGGUCAAUCUUCGUUUCUUAUCGUUUGCUUUGGAACAACCCAACGAUGAUGGUGUUUGUGGGGAUUUUGUCGAAGUUUUCGAUGAUCAAGUUUCACUUGGAAGGUACUGCGGGACAACUUCCCCCCCAGACAUUUUAUCAACAAGUUACAAAGUGACCAUCUUCUUCAGCGCCGGUCAAACUAUAAACAACGACGGAUUUGCAGCGGCUUAUUCAACUGUUAACGCUACUACAGCGUGUGGUGGGCUUGUAACAGCCAACCAAGGUUAUAUAACGUCGCCCAACUAUCCGUCGAACUACGACGAUAUGCGAGAUUGUGUUUGGGUUGUAACAGUUCAAACAUCUCUGCAAAUACGAGUAAACUUCAGUGACUUUAGUUUGGAAUCUCCCAACUCUGAGGGUGUUUGUGAUGCCGAUUACUUGGAAAUCAGGAAUGGUGGAUAUGAUGACUCAGCAUUAAUCGGCACUUAUUGCGGCACGAGUAUUUCAUCAUAUUUCGUAACCCAUGGCAACCAAAUGUUUGUUAAAUUUUCAACAAACCAAAAAAAUAACUUCCGAAUGGUGGAUAUGAUGACUCAGCAUUAA